GAUUGUGAUUUCGAGCUGCACAGCUCUGUUCUGUCUCCGCUUCUUUUGCCUUUUGUUUUCUGGAACUCUCGGUUUUUUGGUCCGCUUGUGGGACUCUCGUUAUAGUUUAAGCUGCUGUGAUCAAGGAUUGUGAUUUCAAGCUGCACAGCUCUGUUCUGUGUGUGCUUCUUUUGCCUUUUGUUUUCUACAACUCUCGGUUCUUUGCUCCGCUUGUGGGACUCUCGUUGCGAUUUAAGCUGCUGUGAUCAAGUUUUUUAUUGUGGCUGUAAGAGCAGAUGUCGAUCUCUAUGCUGAAAGAUAUACACUCGCGGGGUAGACACUGGACUGUUUGUACAAGGAUGUCAAGGAUGUGGGAUUAUCGUGGAGGCACCGAUGAUGGUGAUGUACGGCAUGUUGAUCUUGUCCUACUAGAUGCUGAGGGAACUGCUAUGUAUGCUCAAAUUGGAUCGGACAAUGUGAAGGAUAAGCAGCCUUUGUUUGCUGAAGGAAAAGUGUACAUGUUGAAGAGGUUUAAGGUCCUCAAGUCUAAACCUUCUUACAGGCCUGUUGACAAUGAAUUCAUGAUUGAGAUCACCUGCCACACAUUGAUUGAAGAAAAACAUGAUUUUCAAUCUGACUUCCCAAUGUACACAUACAACCUGACGAAAUUCCCUGAUUUGCCUUCGCUUGUUGGUGAGACCAAGUGUUUUGUUGAGGUGGCUGAUACAACCACAGUCCAACUCCAUAAUCAAAGCAGGGCUACGGUUCGAAGGGCAAUUACACUGAGAGACACUAGCAACUAUGAGAUCAAACUUUACCUUUGGGGUAAGAGAGCUUCUGAAUUUGAUGCUGAUAAGGUGUAUGCAGUUGGCCAAGAACAACCAAUCAUUGCUAUCUUUGUUGGAACACUUAUGAAAUCUUAUAAAGGCGAACAUUCGCUCAGUGGGAAUACAGCUUGUCGAUGGUACAUCAAUCCCGAUGUUCCUGAAGUCCAAGCUGUUAUAGACAGGUACAAGAUAUGCUUGAUGGGGACCGAUGGCACAGAUGAAGCAGAAUUUGUGUUUUUUGGUGAUAUGGGUCGUCGUCUUGUUCUUAAAGAUGUCAAUGUGCUAAUGAGAUCUUGUCGCAGCGCUGAUGGUAUUCCAAGUGAAAUAGCGUCGCUGGUAUCCCAAAAGUACCAUUUUACAGUUAAUGUAACCAGCAAAUGCUUUGAAAAGCCACAACGAUCAUACGAGGUGAAGCACAUCCAUUGUGCCUACGGCCGACAGACUACCAUUCCAACAAUCAAGAAACCCAGUGAUACACCUACUGAUGACAAACACAAAGCUGUUUUAUCAAUUGUCGGUUCAUCCAGUGCUAUGCAACCACACAAGGACCAACACGUUCAAAACGUGAAAGAUACUCCCCCACCAAAAGACUCUCCAAGCUUUACACCGCUAAAGACCAAACAGCCUCUUUCUGAGCACCCAAGUGAUGGCAAAAAAGAGAGAAAUAUACAUAGGCGAUUACUUAUGGAUAGAGCUUCAACUGAUGCAAAUUUAGACAAGCAUGAUGAUUCUCUUGAUGAUAACCUGGAAGAUUCUUUGGGUGAUGCUACUGCUAGGUCUCUCACUGGUUCUGAUGGUGAUGGUGGUUCCGAUGCUGAUGGUGGCGCCGAUUCAGCUAGGCAGUCUUACUUGUUUUCCUAA